AUGGCCCCUUCAAAGAAACAAAAAAUGUUGAAAGAUGAGAAGAAAUUAUUAGCAAAAGAAAAAUCUAAGAAAGCACAUGCGGCAAGAGUUUUAGGGACUGGAAGUCAAAUGAAUUUUACGACGGUAAAUUUUAGUGGUUCAGCCCUUGUUGAAGGUUCCAAACGUACAUUAAUUGGUCUGGCAUUGGCAGUCGCAUUUUUAGUUACUGGACAUGGCUAUGAUAAGUUUUCAAGGAUGCGAGGUAAAGUUGAUGUCAUAGAUGAAGAUUUGUUCGCAGGAACAUCUAAGUCAAUGGAAGGGUGUCCUGCUAAAGAGUGCUACAAAGAAGCCAAGGAUGAAGGGUGUAAUGUUGAGGUUGUUUGGCAAGAUGGUGACUCAAGCGCAGCAAACGCAAUUAGCAAAAUUAACCAUUUCUGUUGCCUCCAGCAAUGUGACAAAAGUGAGGAAUAUGCAAGGAGGUUGAUUGCCCUUGGAACAUAUCAUAGCAAAGAUAUUCAUACAAGGGUUGAUGGGAAAUCAUGUGGAUUUCAUCCAGACAUUGUGUGUUCAUGUGGUGACUGUGAUGAGGAUGAGAAGAUAGGAUGCUCUGGUGUAACUUACAAAACAAAAUACCCUCUUACCUGUGCAUUUCACAAAUUGGCAUAUCAAAUUGAAUGCUUACAUUGUGCAGAUGAUGCUAAAAGUGUUAUACAUCCAACAAUGGUGAGAGGAUGCUCCAACCAGUGUGAGGCUCAUUUUAGUGUCUUACCUGAUUUCCAUGCCAAGGAUCAAAACCUCUGCAGGUUACAUUAUAUAACAUCAACAAAUUGUGGCCUUAGUCAGGGAAACAUGUCAUUGGGUUUCAAAACUGGAGGUCCAAAAUACCACUGGCUUAUAGAUCUUUAUGACAGAAUUCACCUUCCAGUAAUACCUGCUGUCAUUGAAACCCUUCAGAAAGAGGUUACUGCUAGAAUGAAAGAGGUUACUACUAGAAUGAAAGAGGUGGAUAGAGGUAAAACAGAAGGCAAAAAGAAGGGCAGAAUCUGCAUAAAGGUUGCUAGAGCUGAAAACCAAGAAGAAAGGAAAAAGUGGCUCAAACACCAGGAGCUGCAUCAUUCGUAUGGCACCAAUGAUGCAGAUGAAGGAGUAGAAGAGGAUGAGGUUGACCCCAAUCUCAUUGCUGGUGCAAGAAAGGGUAUUAAAGGGGCUGGCCAAAAGUGUGGGACAUUGACUCUUGAAAGUGUGAACAGUUGUUGA